CUUUUAUCAGGAUGGAACUGUUUGACGCCGUGCCACACUGGGUUACAGCGUGAAGACAUCUAUACCGCCUUUACACAGCUACAUUUAGCGUGGUUAUAGUUUGGUUCCUUUUAUUCUGUAUUAUUACUCCAUGCUAAUAUUUCGCGCGGUCAGUACUAUCACAGUAUUAAAAGAGACUUUCAUCAGGAUGGACCGGCUUGACGCCGUGGAUUAAAGCGUGAAGAAAUCUAUACUGUUCUUUGCAUGGCUACAUGUAGCGCGGUUAUAGUUUGGUUCCUCCUAGACGGAAUUACCCCAGAGGUUACUUUUAUUCUGUAUUAUUGCUUCGUGCUAAUGUUUCGCGCCGUCAGUACUAUCGCAGUAUUAAAAGAGAAUUUCAUCAGGAUGGAAUUGUUUGACGCCGUGCCGCACUGGGGUAAAGCGUGAAGAAAUCUAUAGACCGUUCUUUACAUGGCUACAUCUAGCGCGGUUAUAGCGUGGUUCCUCUAGACUGAGAAACGUUAUAGCAAAGAGCGGUUAUAGCUUGGUUCUCACGACUGACAAACUUUACACAGCACGGUGUAUAGGAUGGUUCUUUGUCUAGGCUGAGAAACUUGCCACUCAGUUUCUUUCAUUCGUCUGAACUCUUACAUACAUAUAUUCUAUAGAGAGUUGGUGUGUUUUUAUCACAUCAAGUGUUUAUGUGUAACGUUAAAGGAAGGUUUGGGGAGGUCAAGAUGUUUUAACUUGUAAAUACAUGUAGUUAAAUGGAGUACUGGGUAUUCGAGCUAUUCGAAGAUUUGUUGAUACGAUCAGCUGAAUUAAAUGGUGUACUGGGUAUUCGAGCUAUUUGAAGAUUUGUUGAUACGAUCAGCUGAAUCUAUGAAAGUGUUGUGAAGGUUCCCAUUCCAGGGAGAUUGUGCCAUUAACUGAAAGCAUGACAGAAGGUUCAGUAACCAUGGAAUCAAUGGAAUCCAUUUACACCCAAACUUCUACUGCUCCACAUGAAGCUAAACUUCCCAAUAAUACAUAUUGGGGAAAGUUUGUAACCGGAUUAAAGACAAUCUAUUCAUGGGUUAGCUCCCUUGUGGGUUUACUUUUCUUACUUGUGGUUUAUACUGUAAUAGGUGCAUUCAUUUUCCGCGCCAUCGAAGCGCCACACGAACAACUCGAAAAGAAAAAUAUUAUUGUAGAAAGGAAGGAAAUGAUCGAGGCGCUGGUUAAUAUAACCAAGGCAGCACAGGGGUUAAAUGAGAGUGAAAUGACCACGGAUGUAGCAAAAAGAUUGACAAAUUAUGAAUUAACGAUCUAUGAAGCUUAUAAAAAUGGUAUAACAACUAUUUCAACAGACCAUAAAUGGAAUAUUUGGACUGCGUUGUUUUAUUGUGGAACCAUCUACACAACUAUAGGCUAUGGUCAUAUAUCACCAGCAACUAAUUUAGGUCGAGUCUUGACGAUUAUAUACGCUGCUAUUGGCAUCCCGCUAGCUUUAAUAGCCCUGGCAGAUCUAGGUAAAAAAUUCACAGUUGGUCUCAAGUUUGUUUAUGCAUUUGUGAGACAAGUGUACUAUUGGAAAUGCUGUAACAGAGUUCGAACUCGUCACAGACUGGAUAUUACCGACGCGGAAGCCGGGACAAAGGUUGCUAACGGUACAGAAGUCCGACCCGGGGUCAAAGUGUAUUUUGGUUAUGAGAUCAGUACGGAGUUUAACAUACCGAUAUUUGUGGUAGCUUUUAUCAUUGUUUUGUAUCUGUUUCUCGGAGCUGGCAUGUACACCUUGUGGGAAGAUUGGACGUACAUCGAAGCUAUCUACUUCGUCUUUAUUUCUAUAAGCACGAUAGGAUUUGGCGAUGUUAUCCCGGCCCACCCUAAAUUCUUUUUGCUGUCGUCUGUUUAUGUUUUUAUUGGAUUAUCUCUGAUAUCCAUGUCGAUUAAUGUCGCCAUCGAAUUCUUUAAUCAACAGAUCGGAAAAGCGAAGGUCAAUUUAGAAAAAGCCAGAGGAAAAGCACGUGAAAAGGCGGUGGAGAAAAUUCAUGACGUCAAUAGAACUUUAACGAAGGCACGUGAUAGAAUGCAUGACAUCGGCAAAAAGAGAAGUUUUGAGGAACAUGAAAAAGAUUCGCCGGAACGACAAUUCAAUAACGGUCACAAUGGUCAUAAAAUUAGGCACAAAGAUAGCCCUAAGGGAGAGAAUCACAAAAACAGUCCUAAGGGAGAGAAUCACAAGGUCAUUCCCAAGAGAGAUAAUCACAGAGAUAGCCCCGAGAGUGAUAUCCACAAAGACAGUCCUGUAACCUGAAAUAAUCGGGUAAUUGGCGGAUGACGAUGUGUUCAGUCGUUUCAGUUUCUAUUAUUUCUGUGAUUCCUACUACUUACAGCUAGCUAGCUGAUGUAUUGUCUUAAGACAACGAUAUCAACUUGAGAAAGCGGACGUUAACCCUACCCGAACAUUGUCAAAAGGCAAUGAUAUCAACUCGUGAAGAAGCGGAUGUUACCCCGAUCAGACCGUAAUUGUUAGUGUCACAAUUAUUUCUAAAUGGUGAAAAGAAAUAUGACCGUUAAGUAUUAGGAAUACCCAGAUGAACAUUUGAACAGUGAAACAUCGAGGAACUAUUAUUACGUGAUACGCUAGACUAUGUAAUAUUUAACUUAACUUAAAAGCGAUCGAAAACAUCGAACGAAUUAUGUAUAAUACAUUACAAACGGAAAUCAAAACGAACAUUAAUCCGAAAGUUUAAUAAAACGAUAAACAGAUGGUCGUGUUUGGUUCAGACUGGUUUCUGAUAGGCCUUGUACCUUUUUUAAAAUAUAUUAUUUUCAUAUGUAUUAAAACAAACACGGCGAAAGUUUUAUGCUCGAAAUGCCGUGUUAUAUGUGUACAGAUACGUGAUUUGUUUUCCAAAUGAAUUGUGUUGUGUUUGUUUUUUAUUGUGUUCAAUGCUAAAUGUCACUUAAGGAAUAUAUUUAUAUAUUACCUAAUUCUACAAUGAAUUCUUUAAUUCCAGUGUGUCAUCUUGUCAGAUAUUCUUUGGAGAUGUACUAGUACCGACAUUACGUGCGUUGUAAAAAACAUUUGUAAUAAAUUCGUCGAUCUCAUUAGGAAAUCAAAAAUGUAAUGAAAUGGGAUUUAUCGUCCCACUUUUCUGCUAAGACUGGGCUAAUGAAGACGGAAAAGGUAUAUGUAUCCGAUUUCCAUUAAAAAAAGAUAAAUUUGCGAUCCCAUAAAUAGUGCAGUGUGUUAUUUGUUGAAAAUGUUUCCAUUUAUCCAUGUAUGUUUCGUUUUAUGUUAUAAGACGAACAGAUGAUUUUUUUUCUUAAAAAAUAUUGGAGCAGUUGUGCAAGGGAAUAUUAUUCCAGGAACGAACGACCCCUUCAACACUAGUGUGUAAGCUUUAGAUAGUAACAGAUACUCGAUGCCGAGAGAUGACAGGGGUGUAAGAAAAUAUUGUACCAGGAUCCAUAAGGUUAGCUGUGUGGCGUGUUGCUAUCCGUUUUAACAGAAAACAUUGUCAAAUAGAGCACAGUGAUCUUAAUAUAGCACUGCUAAAGAUUUUUUAAAUUUUUGAAUCUGACUAAAUUUGAAUAUUUACUAGUUUUCCUCCCAUUUAAGAACACCCCCCCCCCCCCCUUUAAAAUCGAAUAAGAAAUAAGAAUGUUAUUGCACUUUUAUGACCAAAAAUUGAUCGAUGUCAGUAUAUACUUUUUUUCUAAAUUUGCAAAUUAAGUGACCGAAGACAAUUUCUCAGCAACUAUUGAAAAUAUACUCAUCAAAUUUUCAGGAAACAUCCUUCCCCAUUAAGUAUUUAUUGGAAAUUUUAAAUUUGGGUAAUAUAAUUUAUUUUCUUUGAUAUAGGUGUCUUUCUAUGAUAAAAUAUGUCUACUUUCAGUAACGAGCGCCGUUUUUUUUCCUUUUCCGUAAAUACGUUUCUGAAUGUCAAACCUAGCUCGACACAACUCUGUUUUCGUCUCAACACGAAAAGCGCAAAGUCAUCGAUGUUGGUCUUCAUACAACUUAAUGAAGUCGCGGAACAAAAACGACACAUUUUAGGGUCAAUAUUUUUGACAUUGUUAAAAUUGUAUCAAUGGCGCCUCUAGCGAGCUUUUGCAUUGCUACUUGGAGUAAUAGGAGAGAGAGAGAGAGAGAGAGAGAGAGAGGGAGAAUUUUAUUUCAAUAAUUCGUUUGCGCGUAAGGGUCUUUAGCAGUGGGAGGAAACCAGGGGACCCCGGAGAAAACCCACGAGGUCAGACAGGUAAACGUACUCCUUGUCACGUAAAACGGUGGAAUCGAAACCACGCCUGUUGCCUCAAUGACAUACCUUAUGAUACAGCGCGCACGUGUUAACCAUUCGGCCAUUUCUAGCCGUGGGGCACCCUUGACAGAUCUAUGUAGUUGCCAGACAUUUGUAGUGGGGGAGUAUCCCUGACAAGAGUUAACUAAUUUCCAGACCACAGCUAGGCUCGAUUAGCUAAAAUCUGUACCACCUAAAACAGCUCUGGAGUUGUUCGGUGCCACCACAGGAAUCAUGAAUGACCACUUCCAGACAGUUUCGUGUUCUAAAGAAUUAAUUUUUUUUGCCAAGAUGCGUAGCAUCCUAAUAUCUAGCACCCAUGUAAGACGCGAUAAACUGUGGUUGCAAGAAAUUGAUUUUUCGGCAAAAAGUAUGGCCCUGCAACAGCAGUUUAUCGCGAGUACAAGCGGGUCCUGAUAAACUAAGGGAGAUAAUUCAUUUAUUUGUCUUGCAAUAUUGUUCUGUGUUGUAUAAAAUACAUGUAAGAUAUUUUACAUGUUGGUCAUGUAGAUCGUGUACUCGCUAUUGCUCACAUUUGCCGAAUUCGUCCAUUAGAUUAUGUUUUAUAAUUACUGAUUAUGAUUCUGUGUACGUGUUUGUAUCAGAUUAAAACCAGACGUAAUUAUUAAAUUGUUUCGCUGGUAUUUACCAGUAGUAAUUAAACUUGAAAUACACGAAGUCGCUAUUCUAUGGAAUAUAAUUACAGUUUACCAGUUCCAGAUUCAGAUGAAGAGAGGCCCUAGGCUAUACCCCUCCUUAUACCCCAUCCUCACGACUGGAGAAGGUGAAAGCCAAAGAUGGUGACGGAUGUUUAAGACUACAGUACCUGUAAGAAAGGCUUAUGACUGUAUCAAAAUUAUUACACACCUUGGACAGAGGCCACUUUAUGACUAUAUUAUACUGUGUAUAUCUGGUGUAUGACUAUAUUAUACUGUGUAUAUCUGGUGUAUGACUAUAUUAUACUCUGUAUAUUUGGUUUAUGAUUAUAUUAUACUGCGUAUAUCUGGUGUAUGACUAUAGUAUACUGUGUAUAUCUUGUGUAUGACUAUAUUAUACCGUGUAUAUCUGGUGCAUGGCUAUAUACUGUGUAUAUCUGGUGCAUGGCUAUAUAUUGUGUAUAUCCGGUGCAUGACUAUAUACUGUGUAUAUCUGGUGCAUGGCUAUAUUAUACUAUGUAUAUUUAAGGCAUGACUAUAUUAUACUGUGUAUAUGAUGUAUGACUAUAAAUAUAUACUAUUUAUAUCUGGUGUAUGACUAUAUACUGUGUAUAUAUGACGAAUGACUAUAAAUUAAUAUCUGACCCCGAGGUCCCAAAGGAUUCUCAUAUUUAAGUUAAGAAUUUAAUCAACUUUCAAUCACUGUUUAUGAUAAAAAUCUUUGAUCCAGAAACACAAAACUUUGCACAUAGUUUCUUAUUGAUGUAUCUGACACAUUAAAAUAACAAAAGUUUUAUAAAGGGCUAUAUUUGAGUUAAAAUAAGGUGAACAAUUCUGGGUUAAUUCUUAACUGAAGUAUGGACAUGCUUUGUGAACUUUGGGCCCGGUGUAUGACUAUAUUAUAUUGUGUGUAUAUAAUGUAUGACUAUAAAUGUAUACUAUGUAUUUAUUAUGUUUUUGAUUAUUACACGAAAAAAAUA